AUGACGGUGAAAAGCUGCAUCGGAGCAUUAAGAAGAUUUAUGGCUAGGCGGGGUGUACCUGACAUCAUUAUAUCAGAUAACGCCAGGACGUUCAAACGAGCUGAUAUUGAGUUCAGGAAAUUAAAGGCCCUCCUGAAGAAACCAGAUUUACAAAAUUUAGCGGCAGAUAAAGGAAUUAAAUGGAAAUAUAUACCAGAAAGAGCCGCAUGGUGGGGCGGAUUCUGGGAGCGUCUGGUCAAAAGCGUCAAAUUGGCGUUGAAAGCAGCUGUGGGCAAAUCGUUACUUGACUACGAUAACUUGUCAACACUGUUAGCAGAAGUCGAAUGCAUCGUGAACUCCCGGCCGCUAACGUAUAUUUCACAAAACUUUAAUGAUUUGCAACCAUUGUCACCGUCCAAGUUCUUAAACGACUGCAAGUCAAUAUUGACCUCAGCCGAAUUCGACAAGGACGACACCGACAUCAUCAAGUCAUGGCAGCUUCGUCAGCAUUUGCUUAAGCGUUAUAUGCGACAGUGGCGUGGAGAAUAUGUUACUCAGCUACGCAACUUCCAUCAAAUUAAAAAUAAAUCUAUUCGCAGUAUCAAGGUUGGUGACGUCGUUACCGUUCAAGAAGAUUAUAAGCCUCGGUUUAUGUGGAAGCUGGCAGUUGUGCAGGCAGUAUACCCUGGGCGUGACGGAAGAAUCAGAGCCUGCGAUGUACGAUUGGGGUCUGGAACUGUAAUGAGGAGGCCAGUGCAACUCUUAUGCCCAUUGGAAUUAUCAAUUCAGUGA